AUGCUUGUUGAAACAUCAAAUCCCCGAGACUCUUAUUACUCCUCUUUGUUUGAUGAAUACAUGGCUAGUUCUCCACGUGAUCCAAAUCCACCAAGUACUAGCCCAACAUGGGGUCAUGUUACAAAUUCUGUUAGACGGCGUCCGUCAUUAAAUCUGCAUCCUCGAAAUGGUAGCAUAAGCAGUCUCAAACGUCAACCUUCUUUUGAUUGUCCUUCACCAGCACCUUCCGCAAUUUUUACACCAUCCAAUCGUUCGAGUCAACUUACUUCGAUGUUUAAUUACACUGCUUCUGGGCAUUUUCCACAAAGUCCAGGAUACAUAUUUUCCCUUUACAGUUCAUAUAACAAUCCCGGAAGAGAUAGUAUCGGUAGUAAUGAAGAACGACCUGUUAGUCUGAUGGUUCCUCAGCAGUUGCAAAAAGGAAAUGAAGGUCGAGCUUCAUCACCUUCAAGUAUCUACGAAGAUCCACCAAAUGAUGGCAAUACAAGGCCAUCUUCUUCGAGCAGUUAUGAUGAUGUAAAUAAUGUACCAAUAGAAACUCCAACAAAAAAUACACCAUCACAAUCAGAUUCAAUCAGUAUAAAUAGAAGUAGCUCCGUGAAACAGAAAAAUGAUCAGGAUAGAGAUCGGUAUGGUUUUAGAAGAUCAUACCAGUGGAUAACUCAUAAAGAGUAUUCCGAAUUUGAAUCAUCUUAUAAUCCAGUACUGCAACGCCGUAAAUUAAAAUGGGAUACUGUAUUAAAUGAAAAUGGCGGACAGAUCCCUGGAAGAACUUCUAAAAUGAAAAGAUAUGUUCGAAAAGGCGUUCCACCAUCAUUACGAGGAAGAGUUUGGUUUCAUUAUAGUGGUGCUGAAAAAAAAAUGAGGGACCACUCAGAUUUAUACCGACAACUUUUAUUAAAAGCGCAAGAUCCCCGACUAGAGAAUGAAUACUUUGAGGUCAUCGAAAGAGACCUCCAUCGAACAUUUCCUGAAAAUAUAAGAUUUAAAGCUACAGUGGUAACAGACAAUGGCAAUUCGACCAUGGUUUCCACAGACAAUAUACCAAUCAUUCAGUCACUACGUCGAGUACUCACCGCCUUUUCUUUGUAUUCGCCAAAUAUCGGCUACUGUCAAUCAUUGAAUUAUGUAGCGGGUAUUUUAUUACUCUUCAUGGAGGAGGAAAAGGCAUUUUGGACAUUAGUAACUAUAAUUCAUGAUUAUUUACCUGAAAACAUGUAUGAUAUUACUAUGGAAGGUUCCAACGUUGAUCAGGCUGUAUUAAUGAUGUUCAUUAUGGAGAAGAUGCCUAGUUUAUGGGGUAAACUAAGUGGCGGAUUUGGGUGGGAUGUAGAAAAAUUGGAUGGAAAUAUGCCAACCAUUACUCUUGUAACAAGUCAUUGGUUCCUGACUCUUUUUAUCAAUAUUUUACCAAUUGAGACCUUACUAAGAGUUUGGGAUUGCUUCUUUUAUGAAGGCAACAAAGUUCUCUUUCGUGUUGCAUUGGCAAUAUUCAAAUUGAAUGAAGAAAAAAUUCUAGCGGUUGAUGAUCCCAUGGAAAUAUUUCAAGUAGUUCAGAAUAUGCCAAAACGAUUAGUAGAUUGUCAUAAACUGAUUGAUGUCUGUUUUCGUCGUCGUAAAGGCGUAUCUGACAUCUCUCAAAAAGAGAUCGAUCGACGCCGAGAAUUUUUCCGUGAGAGACGAAAAAAGCGUGUAGGAGUUGCGAUGGGCAAAAAUUAA